AUGGAACGAGAUUCGACGCGAAUGUUCUCUGAGACGGCAAAGUGCAUUGCGUCUGCGGGACACGAUGGUGUCGCUGAUACACUUGACCGUAGGAAUGGUCACUGCAAGUGUGCCAGGGUUGCCCGUUGCCAAGUGGCCGGCGCGGCGGGCCAACGCACGCGGCCACACUACCAGGCGCGCAGCCGAGCGAGGCGGUGCACGUUGCAUGAUGCAUCUCAUGCACUUGCCGCCUCAAUCGCAGGC